CUUUGCAGUUGGAAAUAUGUUAAGACUUGAGAAAAUGCUGAAAGAAUUAUUCAUAAACUCAACAUUUGCCGCAAGCCUUGAACUGCUGACCCAGACGAAUGCGCCUGCCCUAAACACUGCCCAGAGUUCAAUCAGCGUUGCAGCGCUGCUACGGCCAACUGGUAGAGGAAUGAGGGAUGGGGAGUUAAGUAAACCAGAUCUAGUGACCUACGUGGUAAUUUUCUUUAUUAUGUUUGUUCUGGUGGUGAUGAUUGUGCUUUUCAUUAACUGCCAGCUGAAGAACACCUUGUUCGCCACCAUGCCCUAUGACAGGUCGUUAAGAGAAGCACGGGCCACCUCGAAGACUGCUAGAGUGUGACAACGGGACAGAUAU